UUCCCCGCGACGUAUAAAAACCGCUGAGCAUUCUCAAGUUAAAUUAGUUAAUCUAUAACAGCCAAUUAGCGCGGUCUCUCUCAGUGGCUAUUAUAUCUUUAGCCACACUGAAACUUUCUCGCACUUUCCCAAACACGUAGCCUCAUUUUCCGAGUCCAGGGUUCGUCAAUUACAAAGACAUGGACUCGAUUCUUCUUCCGGAGCCUCUCGCCGUCGCUAACCACCGAGCCAGCGCUGGCGUCGCUCACCGUUCGUUCAGUUUCCAGCUGCCGUGCCUGCUCGUCUCCCGUCCCAGGCGGGGAUUUGGUUUGUAUCGCUCGUCGGGGCUCCGGAGGUCCUUGGCUAUCGCCGCCACCGGCACCUUGAUGGCCAAUUCUGUACCGCCAAGAAGUGGAGUAUACACCGUUGGUGAUUUUAUGACAAGAAGAGAAGAGUUGCAUGUGGUGAAGCCUACGACAACCGUGGAUGAGGCGCUGGAAAUUCUUGUGGAGAACAGAAUCACUGGUUUUCCCGUCAUUGAUGAUGAAUGGAAAUUGGUUGGUCUUGUUUCAGAUUAUGACUUAUUGGCAUUGGACUCCAUAUCAGGUGGUGCACGAAAUGAUUCCAACAUGUUUCCUGAAGUUGACAGCACUUGGAAAACUUUUAAUGAGGUACAGAAAUUGCUCAGUAAAACCAAUGGGAAGUUGGUUGGGGAUUUGAUGACGCCAGCCCCAGUCGUCGUUCGUGAAACCACUAAUCUUGAGGACGCUGCUAGGUUGUUGCUUGAAACAAAAUAUCGUCGACUUCCAGUUGUUGAUGCUGAUGGCAAGCUGGUUGGGAUAAUUACAAGAGGAAAUGUCGUCAGAGCUGCCCUUCAGAUAAAACAUGCUAAUGAAAUCAAAGCAUAAUACUUGGAUAUUGCCGUAUGGAUUAGAGGCACUCCAAUUUGGCAAGCAGGGAUCAAUCGUUUGUUCCUCCAAGUGCUGUGAGUUUAUCAACGAGGAGGUCCGACACAGAGGAUCUCAGCUUUCUCUCUAUGUACAAUUUUGGCUUAUGUAUGUAAAAAGACCGAUUUGAUUGUUAUACAUAAUUACCAAGACAAAGGGAGUUAGGUACCAAUGAUACUACUCAAUUUCUCCA